AGACCGGCGACGGCACAGACGCGGUUCCCAAGAAAAUUCCGUGUGGUACUCUCUACCUCUAGGCUGAAAAUUUCCAACCUUACAGGUUGAAACCAAGAAAAUCAAAUUAGAAAAAUUGGGUGAUUUGGUGGAGGUCGCUGGCCUGGACUUCUUCCACGCAAAAGAAGCCGCAAGAGGGUAGACCAAACUCUGGCGCUCAAUCAAAACAGAGAAAUCUCGGCUUUCGCUUUCACAAGAAGCACCUUUAAUAUGCUAGCCAGCCAUAACAAAUUAUUAGCAACACCAAAACCGCACCUACCUUGACUAAAUUUCAUUCCAAAACAGUCCAAGAUUUCUGUUUAUAUAACUACUUUUCUGUUUCACAAGUUCCUCGAGGUUCUAGAGGCAGCAGAAAGCAGAAAAAUGGGUGGGAUGCUGAAUGCUCUGCUGAGAAGAAACUUCAGGACCUCCAAGUUCAAAACCCUUGCUAAACUUGCUAUCUCCAGGAUUUCCAUCCUCAAGAAUCAGCACCGUGUUCAGUAUUCCCAUUCCAGAUCUGAUGUACUGGAGCUCCUCAACCUAGGUCACCAGGACCGAGCUCUUCUUCGCGUAGAGCAUGUUAUCAGAGAACAGAACAUGUUGGAUGUUUUUGUCAUGCUAGAAAAUUACUGCCAUCUGUUGAUAGAGAGAGUCGACCUCAUUCCAAAGAGCAAGGAAUGCCCUGAUGAACUGAAGGAGGCAGCAUCAAGCUUGAUCUUUGUAUCCUCAAGAUGUGGAGAGUUCCCAGAGCUUCUGCACAUUCGUGAGAUUUUGUCAUCAAAAUUUGGGAGAGAUUUCACUGCCCGUGCUGUUGAAUUACGCAACAACUGCAGCGUGAAUCCAAAGAUGAUACGGAAACUCUCAACAGAGAAACCAAGCUUGGAGAGCAAAGUGAGGGUGCUGAAGGAGAUUGCUUCUGAGAAUGGAAUCACUCUGAACUUGGAGGAAGAUCAUCCAGUGAUUGUUGAGGUAAGAAACUGCAAACCAAUGAAAAAGAUUAACACUAUUUUAUUUUACAUAACAGGACAGUUUAAAUUUCAGGAGAAAUUGGAUGUAAAUGAGGAGAAGGAAGAAUUGGAGACUAAGGAAUCAACCAAAUUUGACGAUGCCAUGCCCAGAGAUGUCAAGAAUUUGCCUGAAGAUAUAAACCUGAAUGAACAGUUCUCCAGGACAAUGAAAUCAAUGAACAAGUACAGUGAUGUAACUGCAGCUGCUCAAGAGGCUUUUGAAUCCGCAGCUUAUGCUGCUGCAGCUGCAAGAGCAGCUGUUGAACUCUCGAGAAGUGAAUCACGAGACAACGAUUAUGAUGAUCAGAGUGGUUCUAGUCAGCAAAAAGGAAUUGUGUACGACUCUGAUGGAUCUUCACCACCUGAAUUUGAUAUUCAGGAGGACGCAGCUGCAUGGAAGGGGACAAAGUACUCAAACAACACACCGCAAUUUGAGAAGAUACAUCCUAUAGAAAACUACAGCUUGAAAUCUGAAAGUGAUGACAAAACGGAAACUCAAAAUGCAAUGGAAGAGAGCAAGAAGAAAGCAGUGAGAGUAAGUAUACCUUCUUCUGCUUCAAGCUUGGAUUCUGAAGGAGACAUUUCAAGAGAUAAGAAGGAGCUUUUGUUUGUUGAACAAGUUAACACAGAGGGAAGAGAAAUGAGCAUAACCAGACACAGAGAUCAACAUAUUAAACAGCAGGGUAUAGAACAUGAGGAUGUAUGGAAGCUUCCACCUCAAUCUCUGAAGCAAGAUCCAAUUGGCACGGGAAAACUUAGAGGCGCAAAGAGCUCAAAUUUUGCAGUUAAACCGAAUUCACUGCAUCCAAAUAUAGAGAGAAAGAGGGUAUCAGUGAGGACUAAAAGAGAGCAUAGAAUCUGAGAGAAGUUUCUUACAUUACUGUCUAGAUCUAUAUUGUUGUAUAGUUUAGCCAGUUUCUUGUAACUCAGAUUUCUUAAUUUUUUUUAGUUGAAUAAAUCAUUUGUAGAAUG